CCCCCGACCACAGAGACCAUCUCCAGCGAACAUCCUCUGCCGGAUCUGAUGGCGGCCGCGAUUGGGUGGCUGGUUGAGACCAUCUCUGCGACCCUCCAAAUCGACAAGCUCGACGCCUGGAUUCGGCAAGUCGGUCUUGCCGAUGACAUCGAGAAGCUCAAGUCGGAGAUCCGGAGAGUCAACAUAGUGGUCACUGCUGCCAAGGGCAGGGGGGUAGGGAGCGAGCUGCUGGAUGGACCUUUCGCUCUUCUGGAGGAGCGGCUCUAUGAAGCCGACGACGUGGUCGACGAGCUCGACUACUACAGGCUCCAACACCAAGUCCAAGGUCUGCCGGCACCUGCAGAUCCAAGCGAGCCAGUCCCACUCCCAGUCCCAGGAGUUACAAGGGGUGAGCCCGAAGGCGUGCUUGUAGCUGAGCAAUUCAAUGAGAUAUCGAGGGGCGGUGGUGAUGUACCACAGAGCAAUGUUGGCAAAUUACGGUCCGUGGUAUGGGAACACUUUAUGAUCACAGAAAGAGAUAACGGAAAACCCAACAAGGCAGUAUGCCGACACUGUAGCAAUGAGUUUAAGUGUGACACCAAGACGAACGGUACAUCAUCUAUGAAAAAGCAUUUGGAGAAUGAGCAUUCUGUGACUUGUACAAAGAAACCUCCUGGAGCACAUCUACCAAACCCUUCAAGCACCGGUGAGCCUACUAUAAUUGCCAGCUCAUCCAGCAAAAAACGAAAGAGACGACGGUCCAAGGCAUGGGAAUUUUUUGAUGUCAUAGAAGAAGUAAACGAACAGCCUAUGAAAGCAAGAUGUAAAUACUGUCCCGCAGAGAUCAAGUGCGGCCCAACAAGUGGGACAGCAGGUAUGCUCAACCAUAACAAGAUUUGUAAGAACAAACCUGGACCAAAUGACCAGUUGCCAAACCUGUCAAGCACCGGUGAUGCUAAUGCGGAUGUGACGCCAAUUCUAAUAGGUAACUCGUCCACCAGAAAAGGGAGAAUGGAUGAUUCCAUACAAAUUGAUGUGACUAACACAGUCACCCCUUGGGACAUGGCCGAAUUAUCCAGCAGGAUACGAAAAAUAGCUAGUCAGUUGCAAUACAUCCAAGAGGAAACGACUGAAAUUCUCAAGCUACAUGGAUCGGACUCUACUUCAAGUUCAGAUCAUCACCAGAGUACAACAUCAUAUCAGCACCUCAGAACAUCAAGUCUUGUUCCAAGGAAUGUGUAUGGAAGAGUUAAAGAAAAGGAACACAUCAUGAAAUUGAUGAUGACAGAAGGCAGAUCUGACAAAGUAAUUGUUGUGCCUAUUGUAGGCAUUGCAGGUAUUGGAAAGACAACUCUCACUCAACUUGUGUACAACGAUCCAGAAGUGGAAAGGCAAUUUGAACAUAGGAUAUGGGUUUGGGUGUCUCGCAACUUUGAUGAAAUGAGGCUCACAAGGGAUAUGCUGAGCUUUGUUUCUCAAGAAAGUCAUGAAGGAAUAGGCUGCUUUGGGAAGCUUCAGGAGAUCCUGAGAAGUCAUGUCAAAUCAAAGAGGGUUUUACUUAUUUUAGAUGAUGUAUGGUAUGACAAGAAAGAUGCCCGAUGGAACCAACUAUUGGCUCCCUUUAAGCCUCAUAGUGCCAAUGGCAAUGUGAUUCUUGUGACAACUAGAAAAAUGACCGUUGCAAAAAUGAUUGGAACAGUGGUGCCAAUUAAGUUAGCUACUAUUGAAAAUGAUGACUUUUGGUUAUUAUUCAAAUCAUGUGCUUUUGUUGAUGGAAACUAUGAAUGUCUUGGAAAUCUUAGCACUAUUGGACGGCAAAUAGCAGAAAAGUUAAAGGGUAACCCGUUAGCAGCAGUGACUACAGGGGCACUAUUAAGGAACCAACUUACCGUUGAUCAUUGGAGUAAAAUUCUCAAGGAAGAAAAUUGGAAAUCAUUAGGACUUAGUGGAGGCAUCAUGCCUGCUUUGAAGCUUAGUUAUGAUGAGUUGACAUACCGUUUACAACAAUGUUUCUUGUAUUGUUCUAUAUUUCCUGACAAAUAUAGGUUUCUUGGUAAGGAUUUGGUAUAUAUGUGGAUUUCUCAGGGAUUUGUGAAUUGCACCCAAAAUAAGAGAUUGGAGGAGAUAGGAUUGGAAUAUCUGAAUCAUUUGGUAAACCUGGGAUUCUUUCAGCAAAUUGAAGAACAGCAAGAAUUGGAUGAGGAAAAAGAAUUCUCUCUACGCGGUCAGAUUUGGUAUUCUAUGUGUGAUCUCAUGCAUGAUUUUGCGAGGAUGGUUUCGGUGACUGAAUAUGCGAGGAUAGAUGGUCUGCAGUGUAAGAAAAUCUUACCGACUAUACACUAUUUGUCAAUAGUAACUGGUUCUGCAUACAACAGAGAUCUGCAUGGGAAUAUUCCUCGCAAUGAGAAGUUUGAAGAAAAUCUGAGAAAUUCUGUUACAUCAGUUACCAAAUUGAGAACACUGGUUGUACUUGGGAGCUUUGACUAUUUCUUUGUACAGUUGUUCCAAGAUAUAUUUCAAAAGGCCCAAAAUUUACGCCUGCUGCGAGUAUCUCCAGAAUCCACUUAUCUGUUUCAAGUGCCUGCAGCAUCCACUGAUUUUAAUUCCUUCCUGUGCAGUUUGGCAAAUCCUUUGCAUCUUCGUUAUCUAAAACUUGAUUUAGACGGGAUUGUGCCACAAGUUCUCAGUACUUUUCUUCUUCUUCAAGUAUUAGAUGUUGGCUCAAACAGGGAUACUUCUCUACCCAAUAGCUUGCAUAAUCUUGUUAGCCUGCGACAUCUUGUUGCACACAAGAGAGUCCAUUCUUCCAUUGCUAGCAUUGGCAACAUGACAUCUAUCCAGGAGCUACAUGAUUUUGAGGUUCGAAUUUCUAGCGGCUUUGAGAUUACACAACUCAAAUCCAUGAACAAGCUUGUUCAACUUGGAGUGUCUCAACUUGACAGUGUUAAAACCCGGGAGGAGGCUUAUGGGGCAGGACUAAGAAACAAGGAACACUUAGAAGAGCUUCACUUGUGUUGGAAGCAUGCAUUUUCAGUGGAUAAGGAUGUCAGUGACACUAGAUUUGAAUCUUCUGCAGACAUGGCCAGAGAAGUGAUUGAGGGUCUUGAACCACACAUGGAUCUAAAACAUCUACAAAUAUCUCGGUAUAAUGGUACCACUUCACCGACUUGGCUUGCCAAUAAUAUCUCAGUUACCUCACUGCAGACGCUUCAUCUUGAUGAUUGUGGAGGAUGGAGAAUACUUCCAUCUCUGGGAAGUCUUCCAUUUCUUACAAAGUUGAAGUUGAGCAACAUGUGGGAAGUAACAGAAGUAUUGGUUCCUUCACUGGAGGAGCUAAUUUUACUCAACAUGCCCAAGUUAGUGAGAUGCUCAAGUACUUCUGUGGGGGCUCUGAACUUUAGUUUACGAGCACUGCGGAUCGAGGAUUGUGAAGCACUGAAGGAGUUAGAUCUGUUUGAGAACGAUGAUAAUUCUGAAAUCAUUCAGGGGUCAUGGCUGCCUGGUCUUAGGAAUUUGAUUGUGAAAUAUUGCCCUCAUUUGAAAGUGUUGAAGCCACUUCCACCUUCAGCUACCUUUUCUAAGGUACUCAUCAAAGUGGUUUCAAGAUUUCCGUCUAUGAAGGUAUCAUCGGGUGAAAAGUUAGAAAUUUGGGAUGCUAAUUACCGCAGAGGCGAUCGAUCUUGUGAUGAGUUGAUCAUACUGGAUGACAAAAUUUUGGUGUUCCAUAAUCUUAGAAACCUCAAAUCGAUGGAGAUAUUUGGUUGCAGAAAUCUAAGGUCUUUCUCGUUUGAAGGUUUCAGUCAUCUCGUCUCUUUAACGAGCUUGAAAAUAAGAGGCUGUGAAAAACUUUUCUCUUCACAUGAGAUGCCAGCCAUUGAACAUGUGACAGCUGUGAACUGCGAUUCUUUCCCAUCUCUUAAAAGUCUCAGUAUUAAGUCAUGUGGAAUAGCGGGGAAGUGGCUAUCGUUGAUGCUGCAGCAUGCGCCAGGCCUAGAGAAAUUGAGUUUAAGAUAUUGCGCACAUAUAACAACAGUACUGUUACCGAUGGAAGAGGAAGAAAACAAUCUAUUAACAACAGUACUGUCAUCAGGAAAUCAAGAUGAGGCAUUGACCUGGUUAGCUCGAGAGGGACUCUUGCACAUUCCAUCAAAUCUCGUCUCCUCUCUCAAGAAUAUGAGUAUUAGUGAGUGCCCUCGUCUAAAAUUUAACUGGGGCACGGACUGCUUCUCUGGAUUUAUCUCGCUUGAGAAGCUUGAAAUCUGGGGAUCGUUGGUGGAUGAUGACGGAAGUUAUGACCCCGAGAAUGGAAGUUCUUUUGUGUUCGAAGAGGAGGAUCAACCCCUGGGGGCGAACGGAAGAUGGCUCCUCCCGACAUCACUUCAGGAACUUAACAUCAGGUUCUUGUGUUACCAAGAAACGCUGCAACCCUGCUUUACUAGAGAUAUCACCAGCCUUAAAAAGUUAUAUGUAAGCUUCAGCCCAGGUUUGCAAUCUCUACAGCUGCACUCAUGCACGGCACUGGAAGAAUUGGCAAUUGUCGGCUGUGGAUCAGUCACCGUCACUGUACUAGAAGACUCUCCUGGCUUGCUGCCAUGUUUGGAAAGGCUUUGCAUCAAUGACCCAUCUGUCCUUACCACGUCAUUCUGCAAGCACCUCACCUCCCUGCAACGCCUACGACUUGGUUUCUUGAAAGUGAGGAGACUAACAGAUGAGCAAGAGCAAGCGCUUGUGCUGCUCAAAUCCCUGAAAGAGUUCCAAUUCUAUUUGUGUAAUGAUCUCGUAAAUCUUCCUGCUGGGCUGCACACCCUUCCUUCCCUCAAGAGGUUGGAGAUAGAACGGUGUGGACGCAUCUCAAGGCUGCCAGAAGCAGGCCUCCCACAUUCGCUGGAAGAACUGAAAAUCGAGUCUUGCAGCCAGGAGCUAUAUGAUGAAUGCAGGCAGCUAGCAACAAGCAAACUGAAAGUCAAAAUUGGUGGGAGAUAUGAGAAUUAAUUACUGUAUGACUUGUUAAGGACAUGUUUCUGCAUGCACAACUCGUAGCGCUUGGUUGUUCUUGAGUUAAAGUUGUGUCAUAUGCUCAUAUAUCAUGUUAUAUUCAGAGUCGACAUACCCUCAUAAUUGUGCAGUGUGUUCAUACUAAAAUGAGCGUCUGGGUAGGCAUUCAUGUAGUCGAUAAACUGGUAUGUUUUGUUGUUUGGUCUUAUCAACUGAAUGAUGAAUUUCCCAUUCUUGUUUUC